UAAUUGUUACAGAUAAACAAAGGUAAAACGUUCAUUUGACACACAUCACUGUAAAUGUGUAACCAUCCUCUCUAUUAUAGACUCGAUAUCUAUUACGUGUGUGACCAUCUGAAACGAGAGUGAAGUUCUCAAUAGCAUGUGGUGGUGAGUCUGCUCUGCUUCUGCUGUUGUUGGUUGGCAUCGUUCGGUUCGCCAAAUCAGCGUCUGUGUCCAGAACAAUCAGCUGAUCGAGUCAACAUGGCUUCCAGUGUAGUAAAUGUGGCACGAACUGCACGGGUUCCUGUGGUUGUAGUUUUAGGUGCGACAGGUACGGGAAAGUCGAAACUUGCUAUCGAAAUCGCUAAAGAGUUUAAUGGAGAAAUCAUCAGCGCUGAUUCCAUGCAGGUGUACCAUGGCCUUGAUAUUGUUACCAACAAGGUCACAUCUGAGGAAAAAGCAUUGGCACCCCAUCACCUGCUUGAUUUUCUAGAUCCUCUUUCCAGGUACAGUGUGUUGGAUUUUCGCAAUGCUGCUUUACCUCUCAUGGAAAGACUUUUAUCCAAAGGAAUAAUCCCAGUAAUUGUUGGUGGUACUAACUAUUACAUUGAAUCUUUAUUGUGGAAUGUCCUUGUUGAAAGUGCCCCUGAGGAAGAGGUCACAGAAGAUAAGUUAGUUUAUGAAAGAGACAAGGAAUAUUAUGGAAGGCCUACUGUGAAAGGUGAAAGUGUCCAGAGAAGAAAUAAAAAUGUUGGUGCUAAUUGUGAUGAAAAUGUGCCAAAAAAAAGUAAAAAUGACAGUGGAAAUGCUAAGAACAAUAAAGCUUUUGCAUUUCAUAGUGAGAUUGAGGAUGAUAAUAUUGAACAGGGAAAGGAAAGUGAAGUGAAGGAGAAUGUUGAGAAACCUAAGGAUAAAAGUGCUUGCAUUGCAUGGCAAGAUUGCAAUUUACCUACCGAGGAUUUAUACCAGCGAUUACUGGAAGUAGAUCCCACAAGUGCUAUGGAAUAUCAUCCAAAUAAUAGACGAAAGAUUAUCAGAUCCUUGCAAGUGUGGGAGCAGACAGGUCGACAACAUAGUGAAGUUUUGAAAGAGCAAAGGCAACAAGUUGGGGGAAGUCAGCUGGGGGGUGCUCUUAGAUUUCAGAAUACAGCUAUUUUGUGGAUUACGUGCCAACAGGAUGUAUUGGAUGAAAGAUUGGAUGACCGAGUUGAUGACAUGAUCAAAAGGGGUCUCUUGCAAGAAUUAACAGACUUCCACAUGGCUUACAACACAGCUCGGUUAAGAGAUGGUCAAGAUGCAGAUUACACUAAAGGGAUUUUUCAAAGCAUUGGUUUUAAGGAGUUUCAUCAGUAUUUAAUUUUACCUGAAUCAGAACGGACCAUGGAUGAAGGCAAAAAAUUAUACAUGACUGGUGUGGAGAACCUAAAACAGGUUACAAGGCGUUACUCUAGGAAGCAAGUAAGAUGGAUAAGAAAUAGAUUUAUUCUGCCUUCUAAAAGACAGGUCCCACCAGUAUACACAGUAGAUGGCACAGAUCCGAAAAGAUGGGAUACAAAGGUUAAGGAGCCAGCUCUAAGCAUUGUCCAAGCUUUAUUAGAAGGUGAAAAACCCAACUGUGACCCAGUAAAAUUUUCAAAAACUGCAGAAUUUGCUGAUAUUGAUACAAAUGACAAGACUCGUUUCGAAUGCGAUGUAUGUGGACGUGUUGUUAUUGGCCAGUUGCAGUGGCAUUCCCAUCUAAAAGGAGCUAAACACCGGAAGAUGUUAAAACGAAAACACCAAACAAAUUGACUUGUGUUUCUAUA